CCCGGUGACCACGUGACCGUUCCUGGCGGUAACGUCAGCGGCCUCCGCCCCCUUCACUUGUUCAGUCGGAUUCCAGAAAUCCAGGAGGAGCGAAGGAGUUCGUUUCAUCAAUUGCUUCACAAUAAUCACGUUAAAGAUUGUGGCAGUAGUGAGUAAUUUACUUCACCAUGUCCCAGGACAAAAGUGGAUUUCCUAUUAUGGGGGAGAGCAACCCUCUUCAUAACAACGUUUAUGGCCCCCCUCAACCAGGUUUUGGUAUGCCCCCUCCCAACUACAGCCAAGGCCCGGGGGCGCCUUACCCACCAGCUACUGGCUAUGGACAGCCUGGCUUCGCCCAAGCAGGUCCAGGGUUUGCCCCUGGCCCCUAUCCACAGAUGCCCUAUCCACAAGGCCCCUACGGUCCAGGGCCUUACCAGCAAGGGCCCGGACAGCCCAGUUUUCAUGAUGACCCUAUGGCACCUGCAGGCAGCCCUGGUUAUCAUGGCGACGUGCCUCCAUCCUAUUAUGACAAUGAGGAAUUUGCCAGAGGAGGUUUUGAGGACAAGAACAUUCGACAAGCCUUUAUUAGAAAAGUGUUCUCUGUCCUCACGGCGCAGCUGUUGGUCACCUUCUCCUUUGUUGCCAUCUUCACAUUUGUGGAUGAGGCCAAGAUUUAUGUGCAAAGAAACCGUUGGACUUAUUACGUGUCCUACGCCGUCUUCUUCGUGUCUCUGAUCACAAUCACCUGCUGUGGCGAUUUCCGUCGCAAGCACCCCUGGAAUCUUGUUGCUUUGUCCAUCCUGACAUUGAGUAUGUCCUACAUGGUGGGCAUGAUCGCCAGCUUCUACGACACAGAUACGGUCAUCAUGGCGGUGGGCAUUACGGCAGUUGUCUGCUUCACAGUUGUCCUCUUCUCACUGCAGAGCAAAUAUGACUUCACUUCCUGUCGGGGCGUUCUCUUUGUGUGCCUCAUUGUGCUACUGCUCUUUUCGAUCCUCUGCAUCUUCAUCCGCAACAAGAUUCUGGACAUCGUCUACGCUUCCAUGGGGGCUCUGCUGUUCACCUGCUUCUUGGCUGUCGACACCCAGCUUCUUUUGGGCAACAAGAAACUGGCCCUCAGUCCAGAGGAGUACAUCUUCGCCUCAAUCAACCUCUACACUGACAUCAUCAACAUUUUCCUCUACAUCCUGGCCAUUGUGGGACGCUCCCGUGAUUAAACCUGCUCCUUCAGGGGAGCGGCAGCAAGACAGAGAAUGCCUCCCAUCGUUGUAAAACGUUGCUUACCUGUGCUUUCUAUCUGUCUGGUCUAAUGCCCCCUCCACCUGUCACAUGCAUACACACAAAGCUCUGUUUCAUUAUGAAGACUUGAGUGUGUCAUAAAACUCAAAUGGGGCACGUGUUUUAUUUGCACUCUUAUCAUUCUUGCUGUAAGUUGAAAACCCAUAAUGAUGCUCCAUCUUCCCCCUGCUUCUACUAACACAUACAGCUGUCUAAAUCUACCUUUAGGUAGGACAGGUCACAGAGAUUAAAUAAUGAUUGGCUCUGAAUGCUUGGCCCUCUGCCUCAUCUAGCUGCAGUGCUUAAACUGAAGGAAAAAAAAACAGAAUGUGGGGAAAUAACACUUAACACUGAUGCAAAACCAGCUUUGCUUAAAUAUAGAAGAUAGUCCCAGGAAUUCUCUUUUUCAAAUCUGCCUGUUUUCUUCACCAUGUCUCUAUUUCUCAGCCUGUGUGGGUUUAAUUGUGCAUGGCUAAAUGAGAAAUACACAUAAAGUUGCAGUAUGAUGUUGGAUUGAAGGGAGAAACGCAGCCUCCAUCUUGCUCGCCACCAGUUGAAGUAGAUCAGUGUUUUACUGUUGAUGAUGCCAGUACACCCAAUCACCGCCACCCUUUUCCUACCUCUAAAAGGCAUGCUGGAGCGUGUGUAUGGAUGAGCUGCUGUUUGGGAGGGGGGGUACAUCUGUGUGGUAUUUAUAAAAAAAAAAAAAGCUAUGAGCAUAAAGGAAUAUUUAAAAACAUUCCGUUAUUUUGUUUUGAUUCUGUUCUAAUAAAGUUUUUUUUUUUUUUGGAUAAAAUUAUCUAAUUACACAAUUUGACCCUUGUCUGUAUUUGUGUUCAGUGUUUAUUACGUUCUCCUUGUGUUAGUAAAUCCCUCUCUUAUUUUGUUUGUACUGCUAUACCGUUUAAAUAUUGAAUGUUAUCCUUCUAAAACCUAAGGUACACUGAUGCCAGAUUUCGAGGAAUAUGAAGCUGAUCUGAAUGUGUUUAUAAUCUCUCCAGUAAUGUGAACAAAGAGGUUAACUCGCACUAAUAGCUAAAAGAUUUAUUCAUUCAAACAUGCAAACAAAAUUGAAAUGUGUAUAAAGUAAUUUAUUUUUUUUUUUCCUUUUGCUUUUGUUUUAUACCCGCUGCAUGAUCCUCUCCAUAUUUGCAUGUGCUUACAAACGUACACAAUGCAGCUAAUUCUGUUUUGAAGAGACACUUAUUUGAAACUCGAUAAAUUUUUAUUUUAAUGUUUUUAACUGACAUUAACCAAUAGCUGUACAUAGAAAAACUAGGUGUGAUGUGUAUAAAGUAAGUUUUUGCUUCGUAGGUAUGUUCGCAUUGUAUAUUUGCAUCAAACUGAAGGUGAACUGAAGUUCCUGAACACAGCUGUAUGCUUUCAAUUAAAAAGAAAACAACAGAAA